AUGAGUGCUCUUGAAGGGCUUGCAACAAAUAGAGAUCCUUUGUUUGAAGGCUCAAACUUUUCUUUUUGGAGUGUUCAAAUGAAGAACUAUUUUAUGUCACUUGGCUUUGAUGUUUGGAUGAGUGUAGUAAAUGGUUACACUGUUCCAUCUCAACCUCCUACAGAUGCAGAUGGGAAGGAGUUUGCGAGUAUUGCUAAAGCCAUAAAUGCAAUAUCAUGUGGCUUAUCUGAACCUAAAUUUGUUAAGGUUAUGCAUUGUGAAACAACACAUACUAUGUGGCAAAAACUUCAAAAUUCUUAUGAAGGAGAUGGAAAAUCUAAGAAUGCUAAACUUCAAACCCACAAAAUACAAUUUCAAAGUCUUGGAAUGUGGGAAGAAGAAAAUGUAGCUGGUUAUUUUUUAAGAGUUGAUGAAGUGGUAAACUCUCUAAAGGGUUUAGGAGAAAAUAUUGAAGAUAAGAUUGUUGUACUAAAGAUUUUGCGUUCGUUGCCUCUUAGAUUUGAUGCUAAAGUUUCAACUAUUGAAAAAAUGGCUAAACUUGAUAAGUUGACAAUUGACAAGCUACAUGGUAUUUUGAUUGCUUAUGAAACGAGAACAAAUGUUGAAACCUAUUUAAAAAGAGAAACCAUCUUCAAAGCUUCAAAGACGGUUAAAGAAAAAGAACAUGUAUCUUAUGAAAGCUCUGAAGAAGAAUCGGAUUGUGAAGCAGCCCAUUUUGUGCAUAAACUAAAAAGAGGUUCUGGGAAGUAUAAAGGCAAGCUUCCCUUAAAAUGUUUUAACUAUGGAAAGAUAGGACACUUUGCAUCAAAAUGUCCAUAUGAAAAGGAAGAGGACAAAAGCAAUGAGAAGGAGUCUAAGUAUAAAAAUAAGAAGUAUGUGAGGAAAGGAAAGAAAUCUCUAAAUUUCAAAAGAAGCUUCUAUUCUAAAGAGGAAAGUAGUUCACCAAAUGCAAGUGAAGAAGAGUCCUUGAAUGAUGAAAUUAAUUUCAUGGCUUUUGAAGACAACCUUCUUGAAAAUCAAGAAGAAGAAGAUUUCUUUGACAAAGAAGAGGUUGAAGUUGAUCUAGAACAAGAACUUAUAAGUUCUCUAAAUGAGAUUAAGAAGUUGAGAAAGAAAAAUCAAAAUUUAAAGUUACUAUUACAAGAAGAAGGUAACAAAACCACUGAAAAAUCUCUUGCAUUAGAGGUUGCUAAAAAGAUGAUUGCUGAUUUGAAUGUUCAGAUUGCAUAA